CUAUAAGUAGCAGCAGGCAAGGCAAUCCUCCACUGAUUCCCAUAGUUUAGAGCUGGGCUUCUUGUCUCCUGCUUGCAUUCUACAAAAUCCAAUUGCCUGCCUCCUGCUGCCCCGUAGUACAAUUUUGCAGAUCGAAGCAUGAACCAUCUCUUGUGAGUAACUUUUCUUCUUCCUUGUCGUCUUUUUCUUCUUCUUCUUCUUUGCCGAAAGGUUGGUUGAGACCUGCUGCAGAUUUUUGUUUGGAGGAUGAUUUUUUAAUUCAGGGAAUGGGGUUGGUCUGCCUAUCAUGCAUGCAUGUUUCGUGAUUAUGGCAUUGCUUAAAGUACAAUACUAACUACUCCUAUGAGUUGAUUGAAAAGAGUUUGUUUUUGUCAGUUAUGAGUGCAAGGGAGAGCCCCUAACUAGAUAUUUUUUGUUUUAAAAAAUAUUGGCAAUUAGUCAGAACCAGCAGACAUAUGUUGCGUUCAGGAACCACCUAAGUAGUAGUCAUUACUCAUUAACUGGCUGGCCAUCUUUCUGAAAGUGUUGCAGGAUAUGCAUCCGUCUGAUCUGAUCUGUUACUCAAUACAUAUGGAAUACUAGUAGGAGUGCAAAUUGGUGACCCUUAGGUGCAUCUCCAACCCUUUUUAGUUCAAAUUUUUGUGCUACUUCUCCAAAAUGAGAUCCAAUUUUAGAAAAUUAGCACAAAUAUUUGAACUAAAGAGGGUUGGAGGUCAACCUAAGGGUCACCAAUUUGCACCCCUAGUAAAAUACUAGGUACCAUGAAUGGAUGGAUGUCCUUGUCCUCUGUUACUGUGAUGUGUCCCUCCCAAUUCCAUUUCACAAUUUCACAUAGAUGCUGGGUCAUGGUUUUACCAGCAAGCAAACAAGCAUUCAUUUUAUGGUCAUGGCUGCUGGACCUGAGCAUUCAUGUUCGUGUUCUUCUGUUCCCUUCGUCGGCAGCAGAGCUACCGUGGCCUGUCUGAUGAUCGCUACAUACAGUUGAAUACAUCUGGUCACAGCGGCCAAGUAAGAAAUGGUUCUCCCUCACAUGGCGCAUCCAGCGAGAGCUAGUCUGGCUGGUCCUUGUCAACGGCCUGUCCUGCUGCUGCUUUCUUGGUAGUUCAUUGGAGUAGCACUGCUCACUCAGCGAUCUGCGUUCCAUCGCCAGCAGAGGCUAAUCCAGAUCGCAUCAGCCAACCCAACAAUCGCCGGCAGCCAGCAUGAAGCAACAAGUUGUGAGCAGCAACGGCAGCUCGCCGUCGCCGUCUCCGGCAGCCGCGCGAACGCGGGCAUCACGACCGCCGCCGCCCAAAGUCAGGCAACCUCCUGCUGCUCCAGGGGUGAAGGCCAGGCCAAGAACCACCCCCACCACCACCACCAUGUCGGCGGCCGCGGCGGCGGCGAGGAGGCAGCUGCCCGUACCUGCGCCUGCGCCGGUGAGGAGGGCCAUAAGCAGCAGGGACAAAGAGGAUCCUGACAAGGAGACAGUGGAGGAGGAGGUCGUGCGCCUGCGUGCAGAGGUGGAGGCCCUGCGCAGGGAGGUGCAGCGCCUGCUCCGCCUCAACGCCGACCUGGCCCUUGCGCAGAGAGGGCAGGGCAAGGCCAUCGGCAGCAGUGAUAUUCCGCCACAGCAAGACAAAGACAGCCAUGAUCCUGCAACCAACAGACCACAGCCUCCCAGCAAGACUCCCGGCGUAGUCCCUGCACGGCCGCCCCCGCCGCCGCCACCGCCGCCACGGCAGCAAAAGCCGAAAGGCUCUUCAGCUCCGAUCACAAGCCCGGUGAGCAAGGCCGCCGCAGUGGUGGACAUGUACAACUCGCUGACCAACAGCAAGAAGCCGCCGCAGAACGCUGACAGAGGCCGAAGCCAUCAUCACCACAGCAGCAUCGUUGGGGAGCUGCAGAACCGCUCCAGGCACCUGCUAGCGAUCAAAGCGGACGUCGAAACAAAAGCAGAGCUCAUCGAAGAUCUCAUCAAGAAAAUCCACACCAGCACCUACACCGACGUGGAGCAGGUGCUUACCUUCGUGGACUGGCUGGAUCAACAGCUUUCUACUCUGUCUGACGAGACCGCCGUCCUGAAGCACUUCAACUGGCCGGAGAGGAAAGCCGAUGCGCUCCGGGAAGCCGCCUCCGAGUACCGGCAUCUCAAGUGCCUUCUAGCAGACAUCUCUUCCUUGAACGAUGACGGCGGCAGCCCUUCGCCCUGCGAUUCAAUUCUCAGGAAGAUCUCAAGCUUGCUGGACAGAUUGGAGAAGAGCAUGAGCAGGCUGGUGAAUCUGCGGAGCUCGGCGAUGCCAACCUACAAGGAGCUGCGAAUCCCAACUGACUGGAUGCUUGAUUCAGGGGUUACCUCGAAGAUGAGGUUGGCGUCGGUGAACCUGGCGAAGGUGUACACGAAGAGAGUCCUCAAGGAACUGGAUGGCAGGGAUACGGCUGGGAACGAGGCUGCUCUGGUCGCUCAGAGCGUGCGCUUCACCUACAGGGUCCACCAGUUUGCUGGAGGGCUCGACGGCGAAGCGAUGCACGCCUUUGAAGAGCUAAGAAGGCGGGUUCGUCCGGUCUCCUCGUCUUAGCCGCAUCUACAUGGACAUGGUGGAGAUCAAGAGUCAAGCCCCCCACUAGAUCCUCUUCUUCUUUGUGUAGCAUAAUCGUUGCGGCGCCUGUCAUUUGAGGGCUUGUACAAUGACAUGUAAUGAGACAACUAAGAGUUGGUUUAAGUGCCCGCGAACCCCAA